AUGAGCGGCGCGGACGGCAGAUCCUCGCCGGCUGGCCCGUCCGGGGCGGCGGGCGGCGACCAAGGGAACGGUCAGCCCAAGCACAACUUCAAGGUCAUCUCCGGGUUCACGAAGUCGCAGAUCGACCAGCUCCGGCAGCAGAUCACGAUCUUCAAGAAGAUCAAAAAAGGCGAAUACGACUUUGACUUCCCGGGCUACGUCCCCAGGUCCGCGACGCCGCAGCUGCGGGCUCACGAUCAACCCGAUCAAUCCCAGUGGACGCAUCAACACCACCAGCAAAUGCAGCAGCAGAGGCAGGGCGCGGGCAGGGGCGGCGCGGGCAGGGGCAGGCAGCGGGAGUCGGGACCCCGGCCCGACGCCGUGCCCGCGAGGCCGCCCCCGCCCGACGUGUGCUCGCUGCCGUCCUGGUACAAACGGCCGCGCGGGCCCAUAUACGACCUCGCGGCGGGGUACGGCGGCAUGGAGGAGGAUACGAGCGCGGCGGUCAAGUACGGGUACAAGCCCGUCCCGUACGAGUGCGAUGUUCGCGCCAUGGUGGAGGACGAGGCCAACAGGCAGCUCGAGACGCGGCGGAAGCGCCGGCUCGCCGAGGUCCAAGCGCAACUCGCCGCGAUAGAGGACGACAGCACCCCGCACGCGUACCAACAACGACGCAGGCUGCGCGUGGAGGAGAAGAAGCUGCGGCUGGUGGAGCUCCAGGACAGCGUCAGGGCGAAGGUGGUGGCGGAGCAGCGCGAGCUGAUGGAGCUGGGCGACAGGGCGUACAAAAAACUCAUCAAGGAAGCGGAGAAGGCGAAGGAGCUCGCGGCGAAGCGCGACGUGAAGCGCGCGAAGGAGGAGAGGGAGGCGUACUUCAAGUCCCUCACCGUCUACCGCAGGAAGAUCUCCGAGGCUUCGUCGGAGGCGAAAGAGCUCGUGGUGACGCGCAACCGGCAGGUGAUGAAAGCGCACGAGAGGAUGUCGCGGGAUUGGAUGCGGCGCCAGCGCGACGCGCUCGUCGCUUCGCAGGCUGCGGCCAAGGCGAAAGGGGGAGGCGACGGCACCGCGGACGCCGACUACCUCCGACGCGUGGAGGCGCUCAAGGCGAACGACAUGGAGGCGUACAGGGAGCUCCUCGCCGAGGCGCAAGGGCGCGAGGGGGCCGUCUCCGCCGAUGACAAGUACGCGUCGCUGCAAGAAUUUUUGGAAAAGACUGAGGGAUACCUGCAGCAGCUCGGCGGCAAGAUCGCGGCGCUCAAGCUCACGCAGCAGCGCUCGGAGGCGGCGGCGGCGGCCGCGGCGGAGGCGGAGGCGGCGGGACUCACCGAGGAGGAGGUGAUCGCCGCCGCUGAAGCCGCCGCGGAUCAAGCCGCGGAGCAGGGAUCUCGGGACCUGAUGGACGCCGCAAACGCUCACGACGGCGCCGACGGAAAGCAAAAGUACUACGCGCUGGCGCACUCGGAGAGCGAGAAAAUCAUCAGGCAGCCGCGCAUGCUGACCGCUGGGACCCUCCGCGACUACCAGAUCGUCUCGCUUCAGUGGAUGAUUUCACUGUACAACAACAGGCUGAACGGCAUCCUCGCCGAUGAGAUGGGCCUGGGCAAGACGGUUCAGGUUUGCGCCCUGAUCGCGUACCUGUGGGAGAGCAAGCAAAACUACGGCCCGCACCUGAUCAUCGUGCCCAACGCGGUCAUCGUCAACUGGAAGAGCGAGAUCAAGCUUUGGCUCAAGAACAUGAGCGCGGUGUACUACGUCGGGCACAGAGAGGAAAGACAAAAGCUGUUCAACCAGCAGGUGAUGCAGCUCAAGUUUAACGUGCUCGUCACCACGUACGAGUUCAUCAUGCGCGACCGCGCGAAGCUGAGCAAGGUUAACUGGCAGUACAUCGUAAUCGACGAGGCGCAGAGGCUCAAGGAUAGAGAAGGUCGGCUGGCAAGGGACCUUGACCGGUUCCGUUGCAACCGCAGGCUUUUGCUCACGGGCACGCCACUGCAGAACGAUCUCAGCGAGCUCUGGUCGCUGCUAAACCUCCUGUUACCGCAAGUGUUCGACAACGCAAAGGUGUUCCAGCAGUGGUUCGGAGACGAUGGCAAGAAAUCGGCGGCUGGCGCGGGAGGCGAGGGCGAGGACUGGAUGGAGAAGGAGAAGAAAAUCAUCGUCAUCUCCCGUCUUCACCAGAUCCUUGAGCCGUUCAUGUUGCGGCGCCUCGUUCAGGACGUGGAGCGUAAGCUCCCGCCAAAGAUCACUAUCGCGGUGCACUGCCCGUUCAGUGCCUACCAGGCUGCGGUGUACGACUGGGUGAACAAGACGGGUACGCUGAGGGUGCACCCAACGAUGUCCAAGAUUGGUCUCGCUGCAAGACAAAACUUCAAGGGAUAUCUCGCGCUGCAGAACAGAUGCAUGGAGCUGCGGAAGGUGUGCAACCACCCGGCUCUGAACUACCCCACCGACAAGGGCGGCGAGUGGAGAACGGGGGAGGAUCUGGUGCGAACCUGCGGCAAGCUCUGGAUGCUGGACCGAAUGCUUAUCAAGCUCCGGGCCGCCGGGCACAGGGUCCUGCUCUUCUCCACCAUGACCAAACUCCUCGACCUGUUGGAAACGUACCUCAAGUGGCGCAUGACCACACCCGCGGGUGAGGGCUUGGAGUGGUGCCGCAUCGACGGGAGCACCGCGCUGGACCUACGGGAGGAGGCCAUCACCGCGUUCAACGCGCCGGGUUCCAAAAAGUUUAUCUUCCUCCUCUCCAUCCGCGCCGCCGGCCGAGGUCUCAACCUCCAGACCGCGGACACCGUGGUGGUUUACGACCCGGACCCGAACCCGAAGAACGAGGAGCAGGCGGUCGCGAGGUCGCAUCGCAUCGGUCAGCGGCGGGAGGUGCGGGUGCUUCACAUGGAAGCCGUCAUGGACGAGAUUGGCGCGGCGGAUGACGACGGGGGCAUCGGUGGAUCCGGCCACGGCGGAGCGGGUAAGGGCGGACACGGCGCGGUGUGCUCCCCCGACGACACCACGUGGGGGACGGGCGGGACGCGUAAGUUCACCGAGAGUAUCGAGAGCGUGGUUCGCAACGUGGUGCAGCAGCAGAAAAUCGAGAUGGCCGACGAGGUCAUCAACGCGGGCCGAUUCGACCAGCAAACCUCCCACGCGGAGCGCAGGGAGACCCUCGAGAAGCUCAUGCAGGAGCAGGCCACGGCCGGUGCGCGGUCCUGCGCGUCCAUGUCGCUCAGGACCCUGAACGAAAAGCUCGCGAGGACGCCGCAGGAGGUUGAGCUGUUCAACGAGAUGGACCUGCGGGCAGACCUGUGGCCGGGCACCCUCACCGUCGCGGACGAGACCCCGGGCUGGAUCCGGUACAAAAAAGCCGACAGGGACGAGGCCGUCUCCUCCCAGGCCACGCGCACCAAGCCCGGUCUGGCGGGCGAGCGCGAGGAGGCUGAGAAGGCGAGAGCGAUCGAGCUCGCGAGCGGCGUCCAGCUGGGACGAGGCGCGAGGAACCGCGGCGGGUUCGUGCCGGGAUCGUACGCGGCGGCGAACGCGGCGCUCUCGGGCAAGGACGCGAGGGCCGUGCAGCUCCGCGCGAUGAAGAAAGCGGCGGAAGACAAGGACAAGGACAGGGACGAGGACAGGGACGAUGCCAAGGACAAGGACAAUGACAAGGCCAAGGAAGAGGACAAGGCGGCCGCACCCGCGGCGGCGGCGGCGGCCGCUGUCGCCGCGGAGGAUGAGGCCACCGAGGUUGUCCUGGAGGACGACGUGGAGUCUGAGGUGACGGAGACGGAGAACGAGGCGUUGGUCGAAGCCGGCGAGGAAGUUGGCAUGGACCCCGCGGAGCUCAGCGAGGAGGACGAGGAAUACCACAAGGGGGAGGACGAGGAGUUGGCGGGGAUCGACGAGAUUGGCGCGCACAUAGACGAGGACGACGACAUGCCGCCGUCGCCCAAGUUUGACCACCCGCCGCCCGCGGAUGACGACGGACCGGUGCCGAUGGACACGGACGAGCAGGCACCGCCCGCGGCUGCGAAGAAGCUCACCUUUAAGUUCUCGAUGAAGGCGAAGGAGUGA